UUGUUUAUAGAGAAAGGGAAGACUUUUAUUUGAAUGGAAGCCGUUGAAUGAAAGAGCAAAGCAUAUAAAAAUUUAAAUUUUAUUGCGAUCAGAAAAAAAUAAAGUUAUCAUGUGAUUUUGAUCAGUCUGCCAUUAGUCAUCGAAGAUUAAACAUCAAAAAAGAAAAAUACCAGAGAAGAAGAAGAAGAAAAAGAAAUUUGAAAUCAAGUUCAGAUCAAACCAACAACAAGAACAACAGCAACUGCAACUGCAACAAAAAAUUUUCUAAGUAAAUAAUACUUAAAAUGGGUCGAGAAGAUCUCGGUUUGUUGAACACUGGUGAAUCAAUCAACCUGCGCGAAAACAGUCCACCGAACAGCAUUUGUAAAGAUGGUGACUCCAGCUCCAGUCAAUCGUACACAGAUACAAAAUGGUAUAUCAAAUUUUGGCGUCGCGAUAAGUUGAUGAUCUUUAUCAUUAUCGCUGUUUUGUUGGGCUUUCUGGUUGGAAUAACGUGCAACAAGCCUAUACAAAAUUUGGAAGAACCUACACGCUCGACCGUGCUCACAUUCCUUGGAUUUCCAGGAGAGAUAUUAAUGCGUAUGUUGAAAAUGUUGAUUUUACCACUUAUUGUGACAAGCUUGAUCGUUGGCUUGGCCGAACUUGAUCAAAGAGCUUCCGGACGGCUUGGCAUGCGGGCAGUUUGUUAUUACAUGGCAACCACGUUAUUUGCUGUCAUCCUUGGUAUUAUCCUAGUCGUUGCGAUCAAUCCUGGAUCGAAAGCUAGUCCGUCCGAUGAAAAAGAAGACCGCAAAGUGCGAGCACUGGAUUCGUUUCUUGAUCUCAUUCGUAACAUGUUUCCUGACAAUCUCAUCAAGGCGUGUAUUGCUCAGCUCACCACUGAAGUGAAAGUGAUCAAAACGAACGUUCAAAAGCAUAUCGUGAACUACGGGAUUAUGUCAUUAAACGAGUCAAAAUUAAUCAACUCGACACGCGACAUAAUGAUGGAGACUGUAAAUGGUUCAACAGUGUUUUUUUACGAAACAUGGGAUAAUGUCACGGUAGCCGGUAAAGGUAAAUAUGGAGGAAGCACAAACAUUUUAGGGCUAGUGGUGUUUUCGUUAGCCGUUGGAUUGAUCCUAGGUAAGAUGGGUGACAAAGCUUCAGGAUUUGUCAACUGGAUGACGACUUUAAAUGACGUUGUCAUGGAGUUAGUCACGUGGGUGAUGUGGUAUUCACCCAUUGGUAUUUGGAGUUUGAUCGCAGCAAAGUUUGCGUCCAUGAAUAACAUCUUGGGCACCUUUGAAAGUCUCGGCUUGUACAUGGUCACCGUCAUUUCUGGUCUGUUGAUUCAUUCACUUAUCGUACUACCGUUGAUCUACUUCUUGACAACGCGCCGAAAUCCACUUCUGUACGUGAAGGGAAUCGUACAAGCUUUAUUGACAGCUUUUGGGACCAGCUCAAGCUCAGCUACUUUACCUGUCACUUUCCGAUGUUUGGAAGAAACAAAUCGUAUUGAUAAACGAGUUACUCGAUUUGUGUUACCCAUCGGAGCCACUAUCAACAUGGAUGGUACAGCACUGUACGAAGCUGUAGCCGCCAUCUUUAUUGCGCAAGCAUCUGGCCUCAAUUUAAAUUUGGGUCAAUAUAUUGCAGUAAGUUUGACCUCGACGUUGGCGUCGAUUGGAGCAGCAGGAAUCCCUCAAGCUGGAUUGGUUACUAUGUUGAUUGUUUUGCAAACAAUAGGACUCCCAGAAGACGCUAUCACAUUAAUUAUCGCAGUUGAUUGGUUCUUAGAUAGAGUUCGAACGACUGUUAACGUAUUAGGUGAUGCUUUCGGUGCCGGCAUCGUAGCACAUCUUUCAAAAGCAGACUUGUUGGAAAUGGAUCGACAUCACGAAGAAGAAUUGCGAAGAAAUCAAGUAGCAGUGGCACCCCCAAAACCUGACCCCAAUGCUCACCACGUUAACUUGUAUACUGGAAUGACAGCUUUUUAGUAUGAUAUCCUACUAAGUUUCGUGAAAACGCUUUAAAAUUCCGAGUGUAUUACGACGCUGGAGCAAUUCCAAACUUCCGCGCGAAACAUUUCGACAUUUGUAGAUAUGUAUACAUGUGCAGAGACUUUGUAAAUAGGUUUUUAGUAUUUAUUUAUUUUCUAUAUAUUUUCCUUUCUGAAACAUUCACUAGCAAUAAUACAGUCCAGAUUGGCUGAAACCUUAAUCGAAUCCUAAAGUUUUUACAUAAAAAAAACUAUUCUCCCCGGUUUUGUCGGUCCCGUAACAUUCGUUGAAGUCUGCAUAUUACAAAAACAACACCAUGCUAAUGUUUUUACGAUCUUCAAAGUUGAAUACAUUAUUAUUAUAUCUUUUUGCUAAAAAAGAAAGGCCUCGUUUACAUGUAAAUAUGUUUGUACUAUGUUUAUUUGUAGCUUUUAAGGCUGUAUUUACAUGUAUGUAUAUUCUGUAAAAAAUCAUAGUGUUUGAAAUAAACUAAAAACUUAGAGA